AUGGCGAAGCCAGCAAAUAUCAUAUCCAUAGAUUGUGUCUAUACUGUGAGAACUUCGAAAAAAACCACCAAAAUGAGCUCGAAAACCAAGAAGAAAACCGUGGCCGAUAAUGGUGACACUGGCGAAGACUCUGUCCUAGCCACUAUGGUCAGCAAUGGCGAGGACCUCGGGCCCAUGGUCCGUCUCGCCUUCGAAACGGGCCGGCCCGAAUCCCUCCUCCACCAGCUCAAAGGCCUCGUCAAGAAAAAAGAAGUCGAAAUCGAGGAGCUCUGCAAGCUCCACUAUGAAGAAUUCAUAAUCGCAGUCGACGAGCUACGCGGCGUUCUAGUCGAUGCCGAAGAGCUCAAAUCCGAGCUUUCGAGCGAUAACUUCCGUUUACAGCAAGUCGGGACCUCUCUACUCUCCAAACUCGAGGAGCUUCUCGAAUCCUACUCGAUCAAGAACAACAUAACCGAAGCCAUUAAGAUGUCGAGAAACUGCGUUCAGAUCCUCGAUUUGUGUGUGAAGUGUAACGGGCACGUCUCGGAAGGCCGAUUCUACCCGGCCCUCAAAGCCGUCGAUCUCAUCGAGAAAAAUUACCUUCAGAAUAAUAAUAUUCCUGUCCGUGCUUUAAAGAUGCUCAUCGAAAAACAGAUACCCGUUUUAAAAUCCCACAUCAAGAAAAGGGUUUGCAGUGAAGUUAACGAGUGGCUCGUUCACAUAAGGAGUGACGCUAAGGAUAUCGGCCAAACCGCAAUCGGUUACGCAUCGGCUGCUCGCCAGCGCGAAGAAGACAUGCUGGCUCGUCAGAGAAAAGCCGAAGAGCAGAGCUGUUUGGGUCUCGAGGAUUUGAGCUACACGCUCGAUGUUGAAGAAAUUGACGAGAGCUCGGUUUUGAAAUUCGAUCUCACUCCCCUUUACCGAGCUUACCACAUUCACGACUGCCUCGGGAUACAAGACGAGUUUCGCGAUUAUUACUACAAUAACCGGUUUUUACAGCUGAAGUCCGAUUUGCAGAUCUCGUCCGCUCAGCCUUUUCUCGAGUCUCACCAGACGUUCUUAUCUCACAUUGCGGGGUAUUUUAUUGUCGAGGAUCGUGUCCUGAGGACAGCUGGCGGGCUCUUGUCCCCGACUGAGCUCGAAACCAUGUGGGAGACAGCUGUCGCGAAAGUCACCGCCGUUUUGGAAGAGCAGUUCUCGAACAUGGACUCUGCGAGUCAUCUUCUUUUAGUGAAAGAUUACGUGACGCUUUUCGGGUCGACUCUCAGACAGUACGGUUACGAGGUGGCGCCUAUUCUCGAAACCUUAAACAGUGGCCGGGACAAAUACCACGAGCUGCUUCUGUCCGAUUGUCGGCAGCAGAUAACCGAUAUUCUCGCUAACGACAAGUUCGAGCAGAUGGUGAUGAAGAAAGAAUCGGAUUAUCAGUCGAACGUGCUUUUAUUCCAUUUGCAGACUUCAGAUAUAAUGCCCGCUUUUCCGUAUAUAGCGCCGUUUUCGUCGAUGGUACCUGACAGCUGUCGAGUCGUGCGCUCGUUUAUCAAAGACUCGGUCAACUACCUUUCUCACGGAGCCCAGAUGAAUUAUUUCGAUUUCGUUCGGAAAUAUCUCGAUAAGCUCCUGAUCGAUGUUCUGAACGAGGUUAUACUUAAAAUAGUCCACAGCGGCAAAACGGGAGUCUCUCAAGCCAUGCAGAUAGCGGCUAAUAUUGCUGUUUUGGAAAAGGCGUGCGAUUAUUUCCUCCAGCACGCGGCGCAACAGUGUGGGAUUCCCGUUCGCUCGAUCGAUCGGCCGCAAAACGGAUUAACGGCUAAGAUCGUUCUGAAAACGUCGAGGGAUGAGGCGUAUCUCGCUCUCUUGAACCUGGUCAACUCGAAACUCGACGAGUUCAUGAAGUUGACCGAGAGCGUGAACUGGACUUCGGACGAGAUUUCUCAACACGGGAACGAGUACAUAAACGAGGUCAUCAUAUAUCUCGACACUGUCAUGUCGACAGCUCAGCAGAUCUUGCCACUCGACGCUUUGUAUAAAGUUGGGAGUGGGGCUUUGGAUCAUAUCUCGAAUACUAUAGUCGGGGCUUUUUUGAGCGACAGUGUUAAAAGGUUCAAUGUGACAGCUGUCACGAGCAUUAAUAACGAUUUGAAGGCUUUGGAGUCUUUCGCGGACGAGAGGUUUCACUCAACAGGUCUGAAUGAGGUUUAUAAAGAUGGGAGCUUUAGGGGCUGUUUGGUUGAGUCGAGGCAGUUGAUAAACCUUCUGAUGAGCAGUCAGCCGGAGAAUUUCAUGAAUCCAGUGAUAAGGCAGAAGAAUUAUUACGCGUUGGAUUAUAAGAAGGUUGCAAGUAUUUGCGAGAAGUUUAAGGACUCGGCUGAUGGGCUUUUCGGGAGCCUCUCGAACAGAGCUUCUAAGCAGAGCGCGAGGAAGAAGUCGUUGGAUAUGCUGAAGAAGCGGCUGAGGGACUUCAACUGAGAGGGGAGGUUCUAGAACUUUCUUAGACGAUUUUUAGAGUUUGAGUUUUUUCUUGCGUUGAUUUAGGUUUUUAUAUAAUUGUGUGGAUUGUUUGUUCUUCGUUUUAUGUUACUAUUCUUUAUCAGAGCGUACGUAGCUCCGCAUGGAUUUUUAUUCUUUCUCCAGCUAUUAGCUAAUAUCAAAUCUUUCUUCUUUUCUCGUUUGGGCUCGUUUUGGAUGAGCUUGUUUUCUCCAGAUAAUAUCAGUUGAUAGUCUAGUUUAAUCAAUUUUUACUUCCCAUAUUUUUUUUAAUAAUGGGAUUGUUUGUAAGAACUCAUCGAACAAGUAAUUCGCAG